AGACAAUCCAACAAACGAGGAGCGGGCGUUACGGCGAGAGAUUGAGCUGCACAACAGGGCAAACCCAAAGAUCAAAAGUGCAUACCACACAAAGGCAUUAUCUAUAUACCGUAGCCUCUUCAUCACUCCAUACUCGCUCCUCCAACUGGAAACCUUUCGCAAGUACGCUUAUUAGCGCUGUAGACUCCAGCAUCCCUCACGCCUUCAUCAGCUCUGAUCGACGCGAUUCAGAGUAGCUCCGGCCUGCUUGGAGGAGGUACGGCACCGAUACGAUCUGUUCGGAGCUGGCUCCUAGCUCGCUUCUCGCCAUGGCUACUCUCCUUUCAUCGCCGAUGGGCCCCUCCCUGAGUCUCUCCCAUGGGGUCUUUGACAACCCGCCUUCGUCGCCGACACGAGUAGGUGAUGACCUGCCGCCCGACUUCGACGAGAGCUUCGGCUCAAGCAUGAGCAUCAGUGCCAGCUACGACCGCGAGGCGGCCAACAGGAUCAAAGCCUCGCUUCACAACACAACCCUCUCUGCAGCACCCAGGCUGGUACACGGGGCUAUGCUCCCAGGGCAACACGGAGGUCGCGGAGGGAGCGCUGCAUCUCCCAGGGGUGGGAUGAGCUUAAGCGCCGCGCUCGGCACAUCGCUGCACCGCAAAGCCAAGGCCGAAGUCUUCGCGCUGGCCGAAUCAGGCUCUGGGACACCCACAUCGCUCCUAGCUAAGCUGCAGUCGCCAGGUCCCAUGGAAAUAUCCUCGCCCCCGGUCGUGCCGCUACCGGCAUGUGCACUGUCCAAUGAGGCUGACAGGUCCAGCGGUGGUCAUGACGACACGCCGACAACAAGCCAUGCAAGUGCUUCACCACCACCACUACCACGUCCCCGGCAUAGGAGCCAAGAAGACGAGCUGAUGUCGAAAUCCGAUCGGGCUAUGAUUGCGCCUCGUACGCUCCGUCGGAUGGCCUCUGAACAGCAAGCCUCUACUUUGCUCACAAUGUCCAAGCUGAGCGGCGGCAAUGCGCUCGGACGCCUGUUCAGCGCCGAGCUCUCAUUGAAAGACAAAGAGGAGCCUGUCUCCCGGAGCGAAGCAGUAUCGGCAGCAGCAGCAGCAGCAAGUACAAGUAUGCCUCCACCGCCAGUGCCAUCUAAUGCGUUCUCGAUACCACCCAUCCCAGCCCAGCCCGGGCCUCGCCGACUAUUUACCCGGGCAGCCACAGUGGGCCCAGCACUCGGCGGCGCUCUGAAGCAUCCGAGGAAUUUCCACAAGUCCCCCAAUCUUGCCGGCGCUGGUAGCCCGCUUUCCAGCCCGGAGCAACAGCCUCCGAGCAAGCGUCGCCCGUCGACGUUGCCCCUAGGUGCAGGUCGCUCGCAGGCUCUAUCUCAGUCUCAGCUGCGAGCACAGGCGCAAACUGGCCCUGGUACUGCUUCAGGGGCGAGAGCUGGCCUAUUGAAACGACCCAGCAUCCAUAGCGCCUUUGGCGACGCCAGUGGCUCAGUUGUUGCAGCCGCAUCAUUGAGGCCUCGUCCUGGGUUCAAGAAAAACGCUACAGUACCGGCAUCCAUCCCGACAAGCAGGAUCAAGGGCGAGGGGCAAGGCUCAUUUGCUAGUGCUCCUCUUGCGCAAGUCAUCAAUGACACGCGGCCACGAACAUCGGCUGCCAAGGGCAGCAACUUCAUCAAGAGCCGGUCGGCAAAUCAACGUCAUUUCAACAAUUUUGCCUCCGUUCAACCAAUGAACCUGGACUCCUGCAUUGCCGAUUCACUAGGAAAGACCGCGGAAAAAGACAUCUUUGACGCGUCAACUGAUUCCACGGCUGACCGCUCCAUCGGCUGGACUGCGCCACCAACCGCUGCAGAUUCUGUGCUUGAAACGGCAGGAUUGGGUGACUUUUUCUACGACCCGCAAUCACCAGAUCAGUUGCCGCCUUCGCAUGAGAUUGCCCAACUCAACGCUUCAGCCUCUCAGCAGCGCCGCUUGAGGGUGCACAGCGAGAGCGAUGCGGAGGUCAGCUUUGAGAGCGGACAAAGUGCGAGUCCGUCCACGGCCCGAGCUCCGACGUUCGGCUUUGCAAGCGGAACACAGCCUCAGGAUGCCAUCUUUGGAGCUGACAUGUUUGCCGCGCAGACGGCGCAGGAAAACGUCUGGAAGCUUCAAGCUGGACCGCGUACAAUGAAGACCCACACGUCGAGGCCUUCGCUGCUGGAAUGCAUGCAAGGCAAUAGAAGCGCACCGAAGCUAUCUCCCGCGGCGUCGAGUGCGAGUAGCAGACGACCGCCACAUUUGCGUCUGCUUCCGACCAAUAUGAACGCUUUCGCGGACUCCAGACGAUGCCAGACAGCGCUCGACCCUUUAGUGACUACCAAGGGACCUUUCUAUCAACAGAAACCUGACCACGAGAUUCCUCAGACGGCCAAGCCGGGGCCACAGCAGAGGUUUCACCUACUUUCUCAAGGCACAGAUAUGCAAGUCUCGGAUGAUUCAGCAGGGCCAAGGGAGGACACAGGAAUGAGCAGCAUGUUGCGGCGACGAAGCAGCUUUGAGUUCGUGUCACCGUCAAACAGUAUGACUGGUAUCGGAGGCUACCCGGACGAUUUCAAUGCGAAUGGCUCGCCAAUGCCUGCAGCAGAGGCCAAGCAGCGCUUCCGACCAAGCAUGCUGAGGACGCCCAGCAAGGACGACAGUUCUCCCCUCGGCUACGGCCAGGGAGUCCGACGGACGAAUUCCCGACGAGAGGAGAAAGUACUGCAAUGCUCAUCUGCUGCCGCUCUUCCGACUCACGGGGGCGAAUUCAUGCCUGGCUUUGGGGCGUCGGAGAAAGAGGGCAAGGUCCUGCCUUGUUUCACGGUCAAGGAAGAUGGUCUGGUGCGCAUCAAGUCGGACACGUUGGUGGACUUGAUGGCGGGCAGGUACGAUGAUCAGAUCAAAGGCUACACGAUCGUCGAUUGCCGUUUUGGGUACGAGCACCAGGGAGGGAAGAUCGAGGGUGCCAUCAACCUCGGCAGUGUCGAUGCCGUCAAGCAUCACUUCCUGACGCCUGGUGCCGGCAUGCAUGCAUACGACAACGUACCGCUGCGCUCGCAGAGCGGCAGACCGGACGCAUCGGGCAACGUGCGCAAGCACCUGCUUGUUUUCCAUUGCGAGUUCAGCUGCAAACGCGCACCGUCGAUGGCUCUGGCCCUACGUCAGGCCGACCGCGGUGUGGCGCAUGAUUACCCAAAUUGCCACUUCCCCGAGCUGUACGUGCUGCAAGGCGGUUACUGCGCCUUCUUCCAGGCGUUCCCGCAUGUUUGCAAUCCUUCGGCCUACGUGCGCAUGGACGACCCAGCGCACCAGGAGCGCAGGUCGAUCGAACUCAAUGGUUUCCGCAAGCAGUUUACCAGGCAUCGCAGCUUCACCUAUGGCGAAGCGAACGCGGGUGCGGGUGACGGGGCUAGCGGAUCGCCCCUGGCGAUGUUGAAUGGUGCAGCCGCAGCCGCAAGGCCAGUUCCGAUGAUGCCAAUCAUGCACGAGGUAGCUGAGAGUCCACUCGAUGGACGGCAUGCUGGAGAGCCCAAGUCGUUUGCAGCUGGCAGACACCUUUCGCAAGCGCGCACCAGCCUUCGACUCGGAGCACCGCUACCUGGCGGCUCGUCCCAGCGGCAGCUGCAAGCCCAGCAACACCUGACGGUCACCGCAGCAGAUGCUAGCGUAUUGAGCAGCAGCGAUGAGUCUUCGUUCGAUACCAGCGGCUUCGGCGAUAGUCCAUGCGCCACUGCCGGUAAACGAAGACCAAUAUUGGCGCCUGGUCUCGAUCCUGCUGCAUCCGCUGAUGGUGGAGAUUGCACGGCGCCGACAUCUGUCAGCAGCAUGGGCGCGACGAUGAAUAUAGCAGCCGCGGCAUCACUAUCAACAUCAACCGCUCACGCGCCGCUUCAUCAUCGCACCCCUGGACCGCGGCGGCCGAUGGAACGAGCAGGUACGACAGGCAAUAUCAUCCUCGGACGUUUUUGAGCAUUUCCUUCUUCCCUCUUCGCAUGUAUAAUAACGGAAACAAUCGUGUCAGC